AUGGCAGAUCUCGUUCCAAUUUCGAAGAUCCAAAAAUAUAUUCCAGACAUUACUCACUAUAGAGUCAAAGCUGCACGCCAUCACAAGCUAGAGUAUGGUCGUGGAGCACCAGUACCCGAUUCAAGGUCUUCUAGGAUGCGAGUCAGCACCGUUCAGUUGGAUCAUUUCUUGACGUUUAUUACAAGUCCUCAUGUAGUGCAGGAUCUUCCAUUUGGGAACGGCACAUUCCUCUAUCCAAUGGUAAAAUCAUCGAGACACCAAACGUCAUAAGGACAAUGAUAAAACAGCGUAUCAUCACUCAAUACUCACAGUUUUGUUCAGAGACAAGAAUUACAGGGACUGGAUUAUAUAGCUGCUGAAGGAGCCACAGCCUUUGAUGACCUUUUAUCAGUUCUAGAAAAGUUAAUUGAUCAUGGUCUUGACCAUCAUACAGUGCAAAGACUUCAACUGGCCUUGAAGGAAGGAAAACAAUAUCUGAAAACCGAUUACAAGGUAAUAUUGAUUUAUUCAUUCAUUCAUUUUAUUUUUUUCACUUUUUUCAUUCGUAUCCUCAUUCAUUGAAUUAACCAUCUCAAUUAUUUAUUCAUUCAUUAUAAAUCCGUGAAUUCAAUAUAUGUCUAAUUAGUUCGUGAACAAAUGCUUUAAUUUCGUGUAUUCUUUUUUAUUCACUAUAAUAAACAGAAGUACCUUUACAGAAGAAAAUUAUAAAUAAAUUUAUUGUAUUAAUUUUUAAAGGUGCAUGUGAUGCAGGCUUCCACUACUGCAGACCAUUGUCUCUCAUUUGCCCUGAGUGAUUCUAAAGAUAAAAGUCUUACUCAAAAAUGUGAUCACCCACACAAUCAAUUUUGCCAGUGCCUAAAUAAUUUUCGGUACCCAGAUGAUGCAUAUGGUGUCAGUUUUUGGAGGUCUUAUGAUAUUGGCGAAGGGAAAACAUUACCAUGGAGAAAACUUCCUG